AUGCCCGACUUCCUUUGCCUCCGCUGCUACGCGUGCGGCACCUUCCAGAGCGUCCAGCGAACCGUGCGCCCAAAGUGGGCGUGCAAGGUGUGCACUGAGAAGCAGUCCGUCCUACGCUCGUACUGCGGGAGCACGGUUGCGUCGGAUGUGCGGCGCGCCGUGCAAGCUCUCAAUCUGGCGCGCGGCCGCAGUGACGCCGCUCUCGCGGCAGCAGUGCUCGACGGCGACGGCGGCGGUGACUCGAUCCAUUUCGGCGGCGGCGGCGGCGGCGGCGGCAGUUGGGAUGGAUCUGCGGCAGUGCCGUCAUGCGAGGAGCGGGAAGAUGAACCUGCUCACCACGGCGGCAGCUACUUCGGCGGCGAGAACUUUGGCGGUGACCACUUCGGCGUCGGCGGAAGCUUCGGCGGCGGCGGCGGAUCGUAUUCCGGCUGCAACGCGGAGCACACAGCCUGUGUCCACGGCAGCGCGGAGGAGUUUCACUUGGGCGAAGGCGGCGGCGGGUGGCCUUCCUACGGCGGCGGCGGGGGGCACAGCGGCGGCCGCGGCUACGGCGGGGAGUUUGGCGGCGGUGGCUUCAGUGGCGGCGCAGGAAGCGGCGACGGUGGCGGCAGCUGCGGCCGCAGCUGCGGCGGGGAGGAGGAGGGCUUCGUGACAUCGCUGCAGGACGAGGUGGUGGAGGAGGAGUGGUGCUGA